UUAGUUUUACAUUCCCACAAUUCAGUUUACACAUUUCCCUCUCAAAUCUAUCAUAGAAUCUAGUCUUACAAAAUCAAAAAAUACAGAGAGAUAUACAUAAAGAUGGAACAAAAUUUGCCAGUGAUAGCAAAGAAAUUCUGGAACAUAGUAAGAGUGGCAUAUUUCAUGUUGAGAAAAAGCAUAUCAAAGAGAAAACUAAUGCUUGAUCUCAACUUAAUAAUGAAGCGUGGCAAAAUUGCUAGCAAAGCUGCUAUACAAAAUCUCAUGCUUCAUCACACGCACCAAUGGUCCAACACUCAACGCCGCUCACACGACAAAAGUUUACCCUUCUCUCCUCCACACAACUACAACAACAACAACAAUGACUACGAGUUCAGUUGCAGUAACAGCCCAGUUCAUGAUUACCCUAAUUUUCACUUACCUUUCAACAAACGAAACAAGAACAAGUACUGUAGCGACAAUGGAAAUUACAUUUCCACUGAAGAUGAUGUUGUUGUUGUGAAUGCAGCUGUAAUGAAAGCAUUAGAGAUGAUUCAGAGCGAAACAGCGUCGCCUGCUUUGCCUGGAUUUGGAAGGACUCCUAUGGUGAGACAACUUAGGAUCACUGAUUCACCAUUUCCUCUUAGAGAUGUAGAGGAUAAUAGCCAUGUUGAUGAAGCAGCUGAGGCAUUUAUUUCAAAAUUCUACAGAAAUUUGAGGCGACAAGCUUCACCUUGUGCUUGAUAUAUUAUAAUAUUUGCAGCUUUUCAAUAGUUUCAUGCAUGCAUGAUGCAAACUGUUGCAGUCUUUUUUUUUAAGUGCAGUAAAUUCGAAAAUAUAUAAGGCUUAUGAAGAUUGGGAACUGUGAAUAGUGUAUGUGCUUAGCUUGUUUGCAUGUACAUAUAUAUGAUUUCCGUUCUCUCUUCAAGACUUUGUUUUUUUUAUUUUUGAGUCUGCAAUCUACAGAAAAGAAAAUAAUAAGAUUAUAUAUAAAUGAGAUGUAAUCCUUUCUUUUUUUGCCUUA